UCCUUUAAUUGAUUAUUCGUUGAACUAAUUUAUGUAAAGCUAUAGAGAGGAGACCAUUGUGGAUGUAAAGCGUUCAUUCGAAGCGAGUUUGAGGAGUCCUUAUCUGGCGAGUGCGAAUUACGGCCGCGGCGACCGGCGCCCGGUGCUAAACGCUUGCUCAUCGCGAGACGGAGGCAUUGUUUGCACGUCGCCAAAUAAAAUGCGCGGAAAAGGUUAUCUCGCCGCCGCCGCGCGUAUGAAUUACAACUUAAUGAUGUUUGUCGACGACGCGUCGCCGCCGUCUUCUACGCGGCGCGUUCGGUGUCCCUGCCGCAGUCAGCGCGCGCGCCGCUCUCCGCAACAUGGUUCACGAACGGGACUCUGUCGCCGUCUCCGUCGCAAGAGUCGAUUCUCGAGAUUCAAAAGGAGGUUUUUACGAAGAUUCCGAGGUAGAAGAGGACAGACUGUGCGCGGUGUGUCCGCGGGGCGCGCAUGCGCGGGAGCGCGGCUCUCAGGCGGCGUGGCGCGAGGCGGCGGCCGAGGCGGCGUGCUCGGCGCUGCUCGUGUUGCUCACGUGUCUGCCGGCGUGCGCGCAGGCCCCGCCGCUGCAGCGCGCGCUCGCCGCGGGACUCGUCGUAGCCGCGCUGGUACAGUGUUUCGACCACGUGUCGGGCGCCAUGAUGAACCCGGCGGUGACGCUGGCGGCGGUGGUGACCGGCCACCGCUCGGUGCGGCGCGGCGCCCUCUACCUCGCGGCGCAGGCGGCGGGCGCGGCGGCGGGCGGCGCCCUGCUGCGCGCCCUGGCGCCCGGCGCGCCCGCCGCCUGCCGCACGCUGCCCGCGCACGACGUCGGCGCCGCACAGGCGGCGUGCGUGGAGGCGCUGCUGGGCGGCGUGCUGGCGUGGGCGAACUGCGCCUCGUGGGACUCGCGCAACCGCCGGCUGCUGGACUCGUGGCCGCUGCGCGUGGGCCUCACGGUGACCGGCCUCGCUCUGGCGGCGGGCUCCCUCACGGGCGCCAGCGCCAACCCGCUGCGCAGUCUGGCGCCCGCGCUCUACGCCGGCGACUUCACCGCCGUCUGGGUGUACUGCGUGGGCCCGCCGAGCGGCGCGCUGUGUGCGGCGGCGACGUAUCGCGCCGUGUGGGGCGCCCCCGCCGGCGCCGCCGCGCGCGGUGACUCCCCGCCGCGCGCCCCCGCCCGCCCGGCGCCCGCCCGCCCGGCGCCGCACUCAGGCGCCUAG